AUGACUUCACUUCCUAACCCGUCUCCACUAACUUCAACCCUGGUGUUACUAUCAACCCCACCAGUCACGGGCGCAGGGGGCAAGCGCCACAGACACCGGCGGUCUGCUGCGAUUCUGGGUGACUUUGAUGCCAUGGGACUUGGCCUUUUUUCGCCUCCUUCCACCUCCAAUCAUCCCCUGAGGAAACCUUCAAUCCCUGAUUUCGACCUUGAUAAAAACUUUCAUUUUAAUAAUCAAGAAGAUUUUGCUAAACCCGAUAAAACCAUGGAUUUUUCCUUCCCUAAUAGACCAUCUUCACCUGAAACUUUGGAUGAUUAUCAUACAGCUUCUGCCGGGUCUCCAAGAACAUUUACAUCCCCACCUAAAAAGCAUUAUACUCACAGUACAAACUUGAACUCUCCUAUACGACUAGCUAGAAAGUCAGCAUCAGUGCAUCUUGCCCCUAAAACAAGGUUUUUCCUCACCGAAGAAACUAAUAUCAAUAAUGAAAAUGUACCGGAUGCAGUGAUUGAUCUUGAUGAGGUACUCAGUGCAAACUUACAUAUUGGAGAGCAAUCUACGGGGGCAUCAAGGUCUUCAUCUGUCGGACAUACCAGAAGCGAGCUGGCUCCAUUUGAUAUGUAUUCCGAAGAAGACUCUUUAUCCUCACCCUUUCUCAGACUGUAUGCCAGUCCCUUUAUUUCAUCUCCACUUUCAAGCUCAAAUAAUCAUUUGUUUCAACAACCAAUUCAAGAACAAUUCACCGAUGAUAUUGAGGAGAUUCUGGAAGAACCUUCAAAUGCUUCUAACAAAUUGGAUAGUUUGGGUGCCAUAUUUGCCGUUGAUGAUCAUCAAACAUCAUCAACGAUUGCAACCCCUGAGGAAGAGUUGAUGUUCCCCAAUCCACAAUCUGCCUUAGUUGGGCUUUAUUCGAAUGAUUCUGCCAAUUCUUCCAGUUCAAGUUUACGUAGUAACACUACUAGAAUUGCGUCUAGUCAUCAUUCUAUUGAGAAGUCAUUUUCAAAUGAUUCAACCAAUUAUUGUAGUAAUCAUUCAAAUACAAACUUGAAUUCCACACCAGGCUCAUCAAAGAGAUCGGGUGCCAAGGCUACCCGAUACCAAUCAUUUUAUGACCAAUCAUAUAAGAUCUCCAAUGCAUUGAAGGUUUCAUCAUCGGAAAGCAUCAACAUUUAUCAUGAUGAUGGAACUUCUAGUCUUCCCAAAGAAAUUAGAAUAUUAGGACAUUCAUCGAGUUUACCAAGUUUGAAAACAACUUCUACAGUGAAGAGAAAUAAUCAAAAACUUCCAAGAUUUGGAGAAAUAUAUAGAUUUGUUCCCGCAGCUCCAACAGCUUCUAUACAACAGACCAGAUUGAUUUCUCCACCUCCUACGGUAAAAUCACAAAUUAUCCUGCAACAACAGUUUCAUCAUCCUGUGCGUGUAUCCCAAUCUAACCCAAACAAUUUACACAAUCUUUCGAAAAAUGUUUCCAAUAGUCCCAUCAGUAUGAAUUCCGAAGUUUCAUCUACUAUCAUAUCUUCUAAUGCUACCAUUCAAUCUACAGACCACUCUUCUUUGCAUGAUCAAUCUAAUUCAUUUGCUUCCAAGGCUGCUUCGGAAAACACGGUUCUUGAUGCUCCACCUCUGAUAGUAGUAAGUAGCUCUGAAGAUGUCCUGGCAGGACGUGGCGAUACAACUACACCAGUGUUAGAUCAAGGAAUAAGAUUUGACCAAAAUUCAAAUACUACGAGGAAAAAUAUCCCACCUCCAAUAACUGUUGCGAAUGUAUCACCAACAAGAAAUGGCGUUUCUACAAGUACUGUCGCGGCCUCUACUUCAACCUCGACAAGCACAUCGACCAGAAGUUCUAGGGGAUCACCGAAAAAAUCUACAAUAGAUAAGGCUAGAAGACCCUUAUCUCCGCAAGAAGAAUCAUUUUUGAAAGAAACACAAAUACCGUCAUUUAGAUCCAAGACACUGAAAAAGGUGGAAAAUCAACAACACAAUACCCAUCAAAGAACUAAAUCUCGGUCGUCUAUUUCCCAAGAUGAAAACGAUGACUUGAAUAGCUUGAGACUGGCCAAUAAGCGUAAUAGCAGAUUCAUCAACUGGUUGAAGAAGAGGUAA